CCCCCGCCUUGUUGUAUAAGCAAGCACGCACACUUUGUGAAACUUGUGCAAAUGACUCAGAAUAUAAAUAUAUUACUCGAUCUCGUUUUUUGAUAUUUUACGUUUUUUCUAUCUUUUUGAUCUCUCAUCAAAAUGUCUUCUACAGUGACAGAGACAGAUUUGAAACAGGAAGAAAUCGAUCUAUCGAAUCAGGAACCUUAUAAGCAGCCCGAACCCAGCCGAAGACAGGCGAUACAAAAGAAGGCCUAUGCAUUGUUCCUCCGCUACUGGUUUUUACUGGGUCUUGCCAUUGUCAUUGGAUUAGCAUGGGCUUUUCCACAAGUAGGUAAAGCCAAUGGUGAUAUCCAAGCGCAAUAUACAGUCAAAUGGGGAGCCGUCAUUAUCAUCUUUUUACUUUCAGGGCUUGGAUUAGAAGUCAGUGUGAUGUUAAAAACGAUUUUGCGUUGGCGCUUACAUGUAGUUGUUCAAUUCAUUAAUUUUAUUUUGCUUCCGUUUUUGAUGUAUGGUAUUGUAAGGUUCUUUAUUACGGUGCAUGCUGAUCUGGAUAUGACGGUGUAUAAAGGCUGGAUGAUUGCCUUAUCUACCAGCACAACUGUUUCAUCAAAUGCUAUCAUGACUCGUAAUGCAAAUGGAAAUGAUGGAGCGGCAUUGUUUAAUGCAGCAUUAGUAUUGGCUCCAUUAGUAUUGGGUCAAUUGAUCCGGUACCUUUUUCCGGUCCGGGUAAAGUAUUUAGCUGCCAAAUUCAAGUUUCCCAUCAUCAACAGUUUAGCUCUCUUGUGUCUGGUCUGGUCCGUCUUUUGUGAUGGUGUAGCCAGUGAUGCCUUUACUAAAAUGACGGCCGUAGAUAUUGUAGCUAUUAUCUUUGUAGACAUUUUCAUGUAUCUGUUUGGUUGUGCCGCCUGUUUGUUUGUAGCAAGGCUUCCAUGGCCAUUGAAGGAAGAGCCACAGUGGGUGACUCGAUGGAGGUUCUCGAAAAAAGAUUCUGUAGCCAUCAUGUAUUGUGGAGCAACCAAGACAGUAUCAAUGGGUAUUCCCUUGAUCAAUGUGUUAUAUUCCAGCAGCAGUUAUGGAGUAGUUGGAGUUCUCUCACUCCCAUUACUUAUGUAUCACAUUUGUCAGCUUUUUAUUGGAAAUUUUCAGGUACCAUUAUUAAAAAGAUGGAUUGAGGCUGAUGAAGAAGAUUCUUGCAGUGAGGCCACACAAGACGUGAUCCCUUUAUCGACGAUUAGAAAAAGAGGAAAUUAAACGGAGUUUUGAAGUUUGCUGCAAGUUAUUUAUAAUGUUUAAACCAGAACCAUUUAGGGAGAUGGAAGAAGAGAAAGGGUGAUGACCUAUUUAUAUAUGUUUUUUUAUUUUAUUGUAUGUAUAUAAAGAUGUGUACUGAUAUAAAAAAAGAAUGGUACAUAAGACAUUUAUAAAAGAAGGGAAACCAGCCCUGUUUUUUAUCGCCAGAAAGUUUUACAUGUUGGAGUUCAUAAAUGAUGUGGGAUAAUGUGAUGGGUUGAAUGGAGGUGGAGGGGG